AUGGCGGCGGUAGCCGCGGCGGCGGCGGGGUCCGAGGGGCGGCGCGCGGCCCUGGAGGCGGCGGCGGCCCCCGAGCGGGGCGGCGGGAGCUGCGUGCUGUGCUGCGGAGACCUGGAGGCCACGGCGCUGGGCCGCUGCGACCACCCGGUGUGCUACCGCUGCUCCACCAAGAUGCGGGUCCUGUGCGAGCAGCGCUACUGCGCCGUGUGCCGCGAGGAGCUGCGCCAGGUGUGGGUGUUCGGGAAGAAGCUCCCUGCCUUCGCCUCCAUCGCGCUCCAGCAGCUGCAGCACGAGAAGGCCUACGACAUCUACUUUGCUGACGCGAAGGUGCUGGCCUUGUACAGGCAGUUGCUCCAGCACGAGUGUCCGCGCUGCCCAGAGCUGCCGCCCUUCAGCCUCUUCGGGGACCUGGAGCAGCACAUGCGGAAGCAGCAUGAGCUCUUCUGCUGCAAGCUGUGCCUCAGGCACCUAAAGAUUUUCACCUUUGAGCGCAAGUGGUACUCACGCAAAGACCUGGCCCGGCACCGGAUGCAGGGGGACCCCGAUGACACCUCGCACCGUGGACACCCCCUCUGCAAGUUCUGUGAUGAGCGCUACCUGGACAAUGACGAGCUGCUGAAGCACCUGCGCCGGGACCAUUACUUUUGCCACUUCUGUGAUGCUGACGGUGCCCAGGACUACUACAGUGACUAUGCGUACCUGCGCGAGCACUUUCGGGAGAAGCACUUCCUGUGUGAGGAGGGCCGCUGCAGCAGUGAGCAGUUCACGCAUGCCUUCCGCACCGAGAUCGACCUCAAGGCCCACAAGACGGCCUGUCACAGUCGCAGCCGCGCCGAAGCACGCCAGAACCGCCACAUUGACCUGCAGUUCAGCUACACGCCGCGGCACCCGCGCAGGGCGGAGGGGGUGGUCGGCGGUGACGACUACGAGGAGGUGGACAGGUACAACCGGCAGAGCCGUGCGGGCCGGGCUGGUGGGCGCGGAGCCCAGCAGAGUCGCCGAGGAAGCUGGAGGUACAAGAGGGAAGAAGAGGACCGGGAAGUGGCCGCUGCCAUCCGGGCCUCGGUGGCUGCCCAGCAGCAGCCGGAGACACGCAGGAGUGAGGACGGCGAGGAGGCCGCACCGCGGGGCCCGGAAGAGUCCCGAGGCCCCCGACGGCCCCCACGGACUCAGGGUGAAGGCCCAGGCCCCAAAGAAGCCUCCCCAAACGGACCCGUGAGCCAGGAGGCCUUCCCAGCCCCCGGGCCAGCCCUCGUGAGUCCCCUCGUGCCAGCCCCUGUGAAGCUCAAGGACGAAGACUUCCCCAGCCUCUGCGCCUCCACUUCCUCAGGCCUGGCCCCCACGGCGGUCUCCGCUCCCGUGGGGCUGGCUCUGGUGUACCCCGCGCCCCCCCGGGGCAGGAGUACCUUCCAGGAGGAGGACUUCCCCGCCUUGGUGCCCUCGGCCGCCAAGCCCAGCCCUGCCUCCACCAGCCUCCUCUCUGCCUGGAACAACAGCAAAAAAGGGGUCCAGCCCAGCCCCGGGGGCCUGGCGGCCAGGAAGGCUGGGAAGGGGUGCAAGGGCGGGAGGAAGGGAGGGCCGGGCCCUACGGAGGAGGAGGAGCCCCGGAGUGUGCCCCUCGUCGGGGCGGGUCCCAUCCUGCUGGCCCCAGGUUCCACCCCCUCUUUCACCAAGGUGGGCAAGAAGAAGAAGGUGGGCUCGGAAAAGCAGAGUGCCGCCUCGCCCCCCCCAACCCCCCCUGACCAGGCGUCAGGGGCUGAGCACCCCACCUCAGCGCCCCCUGGCAGAGCUGAGGGGUCCGGAGCCAUCAUCGUCAAUGGACACACAGAAGCACCGACCCUGGCCCGAAGCACCCCCAAGGAACCCCCUGGGCUCCCACGGCCCCUGGGGCCCCCACUGGGCCCCACCCCUCAAGAAGACUUCCCAGUACUUGGUAGCCCCUGCCCGCCCCGGAUGCCGCCUCCCCCAGGCUUCAACACUGGGGUGAUCCUGAAGAACACCCCACCCCCACCAGGGCUGGUGCCCCCUGUCAGCAAACCACCACCCGGUUUCUCCGGUCUCCUGCCCAGCUCCCACCCCUCCUGUGCUCCCAGCAGCAGCACAAAAGCGUCUCGGCCACCGCCUGAGGCGCGGGCCUACCUGGUCCCUGAGCACUUCCGGGAAAGGAACCUGCAGCUCAUCCAGUCCAUCAGGGACUUCCUGCAGAGUGACGAGGGACGCUUCAGCCAGUUUAAGAGCCACUCGGGGGAGUUCCGGCAGGGUGUCAUCUCCGCGGCCCAGUAUUACAAGAGCUGCCGGGACCUGCUCGGGGAGAACUUCCAGAAGAUCUUCCAGGAGCUGCUGGUGCUUCUGCCUGACACGACCAAGCAGCAGGAGCUGCUGUCAGCCCACGCAGACUUCUGCGGGCGGGAGCGGCCGCCCGGCACCAAGGCCAAGAGGAAUAAGAAGAGUGCAUGGCAGGCCAGCAGCCGGCAGGUGGACCUGGCCUGCUGUGUGUGUCCCACGUGCCGGCAGGUGCUCGCGCUUGGGGAUGUGGACAGCCACCGGGCGCUACACGAUGCCAGCGAUGAGGACUUCCCGUCCCUGCAGGCCAUGGCCAGGAUGAUCACGUAGCUCCUGCUGCCGUGCGGCCCCAAGCAGCGUGCUGAGUGCCGCCACCGUCGCCCCUGAGUGCCAGGCGGCCACCAGCUCAGGCUGCUCAGCCGGCCAGCCUGCAGGGGUCUGCAGGAGCUGCCUCCCUCGUCCUCCCGGGGCAGUGGUGGGCCGGCCCAGACACGGCGCCCCGUCCACAGUGCCAGAGCCAGAGGCUUCGGCACCAGUGCCCUGAGCAGGACGCUGCGGGCUCACCGGUGCUGGAAUCGAUGCUGAGUGUGUUGUGUAAAUGGGUAGCUGUUUCACGGUUCCAGAAUGUUCAGGAUUAAAAGCAGACACAAAAUUGUGCUACUUGAAGUUGAACCUUUUUGAGGCAAGCUGAAUCUGGGAUCUCAAAUCGCCUCUGAUCUUUUAUAAGACAGUUUAUCUUCAAAUAAAUUUAUUUUGCAAUAAUGCA